AUGCAUACGUUCGUAGAUGCAGGUGAAAACGGUAUGGCAGCGGUAGUAUAUCUGCGCUUCGAGGAAGAUGGUUUAGUAGAGUGCGCAUUGGUUGGUGCGAAAACACGCGUAACUCCUCUAAGAUACCUGUCGAUCCCACGAUCGGAACUCCAGGCAGCGGUCAUCGGAACGAGGCUAGCUAAUACUGUAACUAAAUCAUUUUCCCUUCGGAUAUCACAGCGCUAUUUCUGGUGCGACUCCCGAAAUGUUCUGUGCUGGCUGCGAUCCGACCACCGUCGAUACAGCCAGUAUGUGGCCGCUCGAGUUCGUGAAGUGCUAGACACUACGGAAAUAGAUGAGUGGCAUUGGAUUCAGUCGGAGUGGAACGUUGCCGACGACGGUACAAACGAUGAAAAGUACCCAAUCAUACUACCCGAUGAUCAUCCCGUCACUCAUUUGGUGCUCGCCGAUUUUCAUGAAAGGUAUCAUCACCGAAACUAUGCAACGGUUGCGAAUGAAGUUCGCCGAAGAUUUUGUAUUCCACGUUUGAGACGAACGCUUCGUAAGAUGAGACACAGGUGUCAAUGGUGUCGGAACUGUGAUGUAAGUCCGGUGCCACCAGAAAUGGCUGAGCUUCCUCAAGCCAGAUUGGCUGCGUUCAGCAGACCAUUCUCUCACGUUGGAGUAGAUUUUUUCGGGCCGAUUGAAGUCAUUGUGGGUCGCAAAGUAGAAAAGCGUUGGGGUGUCCUGAUGACGUGCCUUACGAUUCGGGCUCUUCAUAUCGAGGUCGCCAGUUCACUUAACACGAGUUCGUGUAUUAUGGCGUUGAAUAACUUCAUUGCUCGUCGAGGAACUCCUGUUUGCUUCUAUAGCGACAGAGGGACAAAUUUUAUUGGUGCUUCCAAAGAAUUGCGUGAGGCUGUCCGUGCUUUAGAUAAACACCAGCUGUCGAAGGAGUUCACUACAGCUUCGACGUCCUGGCGUUUCAAUCCGCCAGCUACCCCCCACAUGGGUGGCAGCUGGGAGAGACUUGUCCAAUUGGUAAAGCGGAAUCUGACGGAAAUUCUCAGAAGUAGACGGCCAACAGACGAGGAGCUGCGUAGUGCAUUGACCCUGAUUGAAGGCGUACUCAACAGUCGCCCCUUGACAGAGGUUCCCGUAGAUAACGAGUCCGAACCAGCGCUCACACCAAACCAUUUCUUAUUGGGUUCAUCGGAUGGUUCGAAGCCUUUCACACUGUGUGACGACAAUGUACAAACCGUGCGUCGUGGAUGGCAGGUUUCACAGGUUAUGGCGAACGCUUUCUGGAAACGCUGGUUGCGGAACUAUUUACCUGAAAUUACCAAAAGGUCAAAAUCAAAAACAGGAAUUGACGCUCCUCUUCAAGGCGUUGAAGUUAGAGAGCUGCCCUUGCUGCUCUACAGCUUGAUGUGCUCGGUUUGCCGCAUCUGA